AUGCCUUUAGAAGAUAUUGUUAAAUCUCUUGCCACUAACACUUUGCAAUUUCAACAGGAAACAAUGGCAAGUAUUAAAAGUUUGGAAAAUCAAAUGGGUCAAAUGGCAACCUCAAUCAACAAGCUGGAAGCACAAGGUUCGGGAAAAUUACCCUCUUAUACAAUGGUCAAUCCAAGGAAAAAUGUAAGUGUAAUCUUGUUUAGGAGUGGUAAGGAAGUUGAAAUUCCAAGGGCAACCCCUAUAUUAUUGGAACAGGAAAAUGAGAAAGAUGUUCUUGAAGAGAAGAGUGUUCCCAACGACAAUGACGUACCUAAACGUAAGUUUCCACCUCUUUCUGAUUAUAAACCGGUACCCCCUUUCCCUCAGGUUUUAGUAGGAUAUAGGAAAGAUGAACGAGAUCAUGAGCUUAUGAUACUUUGUGUAAAUAUGAGGUUUGAAAAGAUAAACGUAGGGGAAAAUGUUUAUGCAUUCAUUCAAAGAAAACUCCCUACAAAGUGCAAAGAUCCAGGCAUGUUUAACAUCCUUUGCACGAUAGGUACCACUAGAUUUGAAAAGGCCAUGUUAGACUCAGGAGCUUCUAUUAAUGUCAUGCCAUACUCUGUAUACGCUUCCUUAAAACUUGGACCUUUGAAUGAAAUUGGUGUCGUAAUUCAACUAGCUGAUAAAUCUAAUGCCUAUUCUAAGGGUGUAGUUGAGGAUGUUCUCGUGAAAAUUAAUGAUUUGGUUUUUCCCGCUGACUUCUAUGUGCUUGAUAUGGGAUAUAGUAAUCAAACUAUCCCCAUUCUACUAGGAAGACAAUUCUUAAGGACAUUCAAAGCUAAAAUUGAUUUUUAUAGUUGCGUGCUUACUAUGGAAUUUGAUGAUAAAAUCAGUGAAUUUAACAUUUAUGAGCCAUGA